GUGGAUAGGAAAUGAUUAAAAAGGAAGUUUAGAAAAACAUGUAGGAGAUCAGUGCUGUCUCUACAGGAGCUUACAUAAAUACUUUGGAUUUCUUUGGCUAAUUAUUGCUGUUCUGGUUCUUAGUCCCUGAACAUAGCAUUUGCUUGAUUUUCUAAAAAGUGUUGGACGUGUGUUAAAGGCUGUAACAGGGGAUCAUGAAACUGGAGGUGCCAGAAAACUUUGAAGAUGUUGUUGUUGAGUUCUCAAGAGAGGAGUGGGACCUGCUGAGCGACCAGGAGAAAGAGCUGCACAGGGAGGUGAUGGUACAGAACUAUGAGAGCAUGGUGUCACUAGGAUAUAACAUCCCAAUGAAGUACUUGUUGCUAUUAAUUGGCAAAGACAAUGAAGUCCAAUGUGAUCAUAGAGAAGGAGGACAGAAGUUACUGCAAAAGGAGCUUCAUCUUCACGGUACCGACAUCAGCAGGAGUACAGAUUUCAGUGACAUUUGGAGUCAGCAGUCAUCACAUAAGAAAGACCUUCAUUCUGAUGGUGCCAAGGUUCCAGAUAAAAGGUCCAUCAAAAGACAUAACCAAUGCCAUAGCUAUGUGGAACGUAAUGAUUCAGCUAAGGAAACUAACCCAGAAGUAUAUCUGAAAACUAAUGAAAUGCAAGGCUCCUGCAGAAAGAUUAAGAAAAGCAACAAAUAUACUUUUUGCAAUAAAAAUAUAAAUGACAGAUUAAGUCCCUGCAACAGAAAACAAAAUAAUAUUGCUGUAACACAUGAAAACAUUUUCAGUAAAGAGAAACUGAAUAAACAUAGCAGAUAUAGCAAAAGUUUUUCAGGUGAAACAAGUUUAGCUGGACAGCAGAUUGUCUCCAGUAAACAAAAGCCCUACAGAUGUGUCACAUGUGACAAAAGUUUUUCAUAUAAAAGUAGUUUAGCUGUGCAUGAGAUUAUCCAUUCGGCACAGAAACCCUAUAAAUGUGCCACCUGCAACAAGGAAUUUUCACACAAGGGUAACAUGAUAAAACAUCAGUCGGUCCACAUGAAUGAGAAACCCUAUAGAUGUAUCACAUGUAACAAAGGCUUCACACAAAAGUACAACAUGGUAGAACAUCAAUUGCGCCAUGCAGGAGACAAACCAUACAAAUGUACCAUAUGCGACAAGAGUUUUACUUUUAAGUGGCGGUUAAAAGAGCAUCAGCAAACUCACAUGGGAGAAAAACCCUAUAAAUGUGCAGUUUGCAACAAGGGUUUUAAAGUUAGGAGCAGACUUACUAUCCAUCAGACUAUCCAUAUGGACCAAAAACCCUAUAAAUGUGCCAACUGUGACAAGAGUUUUGCAUGUAAAGGCAAUAUGCUAAAACAUCAAUAUGCUCACAGUGGACAGAAACCGUUUAAGUGUGAAAUGUGUUACAAGAGUUUUGCAUGGAAGAAUAGCCUAAUAAAACAUCAUUUUGUCCAUACUGGUCAGGAACCCUAUAAAUGUGCAACAUGCGACAAGGCUUUUACAUGUAAGGGAAGUCUGGUAGCACAUCAGAUUACCCACAGUGAGCAAAAAUGUUAUAAAUGUAUCACAUGUAACAAGGGCUUUUCACGAAAGUACAACAUGUUAAAACAUCAGUUACUGCAUACUGAACAGAAAGCAUAUAAAUGUGCCACGUGCAACAAGGGGUUUACGUUUAAGUGGAGGUUGGAGGAGCAUGAGAGAAUUCACUCUGGAGAGAAGCCCUAUAAAUGUGAGAUCUGUAACAAGGCUUUUACAGUUAAGACUAGUCUUACAGUGCAUACGAUUAUCCAUACGAAGCAGAAACCAUAUAAAUGUACGAAAUGUGACAAGAGUUUUGCAUGGAAAGGUAACAUGAUAAAACACGAACAUGUCCACAGUGAACAGAAACCUUUUAAGUGUGAUACAUGUGACAAGAGUUUUACAUCAAAGGGUAGCCUGGUAAAGCAUCAGUUUGUCCACACUGGGCAAGAACACUAUAAAUGCACAAUAUGUGACAAGGAUUUUACAUGUAAGGGAAGUUUAGUAGCACAUCAGAUUACCCACAGUAAACAAAUACCCUUUAAGUGUGCAACAUGUGACAAGGGCUUUAGAUGGAAAGCUAGUAUGUUAAGACAUCAAUCAGUUCACACUAAGCAAAAAACAUUUAAUUGUACUAUAUGCCACAAGAGAUUUGCAUAUAAAGAAAACGUGAUAAGACAUCAGCGUGUCCACACUGUGAUGGAGCAGAAUGGAGGUAUGGAAUCUGUGCAAAAAAAGAAGGACAUGUUGGUAUGAACUGAAUUCAUCCUCAAACCUUGGUUGACACCAUCAUGUGGUGGACCUUGUUGUUUACUAAAUCCCACAAGACAAAACUGGCUUAUUUCUCGAUGACAUAUAGAGCAGUCUAUGUGUAUGAAAAAAAUAAAAAAUAACUUGUGCACUCGUUUCAGGUUAAAAACAUGUCCAGCCCUGGCAGGGCCACUAGGGUCAGGAUUCUAAGGCUGAGAUGAAUCCUGACACAGUGUUAGGGCCUGAUCUAAGAGACCACACUGUAACAACAGAAAAUGAUGAUCCACAAAAAAAAAAAUAAAAUAAAGCAAAUGGUAACCCAGGUAAGAGGUUUGGAAACAGCGACAUGGAUACUUGAGGAAAUAGGCUAUCAACUGUUAAUCGUAUACGCUUCUGGCUGCCAAGAAAAUGGAAAAUAAAGUCUAAACCAGCUGUGAAGGAGAUAAAAGAUCUUAAGAAAAAAGAAAGAACAAAUUGUAUAUAAGUAAAUGGAAUAUCUGGGAGCAAUACCUGCAGAAUAAUGUUAAGGCGAGGAAUGAGGUUUAACGGGCAGAAGGACUUGAGCAAUUUAUGUAACAUCAGCCUGAAUGAGGGUUAAAAAGUUAACAGAUGUGUAUAGUUGUAUAUCGUAAUUCUGAAAACUCAAAAUAUUGAAAGCACAAAAUAUCUAAAACUCGAAAUAUUGAAGCCUUUGUAUUACAAAUCCUCCUGCAGGGUUGCACAACACUGGGGGAGGGGCAGAUUCACAUUUCAAUAUUUUGAGUUUUCAGUCAAAUGAAUGGAACCUCUGAGCAGUGCAUGAAAACAUGCUAGCGUGUUUUUUCUUUAUUUUAUAAUAAUGUAUGUGCACCUGUGUCAUUAUAUUAGCAGUGAUUUAAUAAAGAUGUUCAUAAA